GAUGAUGGAAGUGUUUCCCUGACUGCUUCAGUUCGUGUCAUUUGUUUUCUGGUUGUCAUCACAGUGUGUAAACAUCUACAGUAGAUCAGUGGAGAGAGGUUGCUGACGGAAGGGUUGUGUACAAUUCCUUGAUUAAUUUUAUAACUGUAAGCUUUGAGAAGCUUGCACGAUAUUCCCUCUUCUCAUUGUAGCCUAGCAGGGUAGAGUCCGGACAAAAACGCACCUCUGCUUGAUUUGUUGAGGAGAACGGAGGCAAUCGGCGCUUGUCAACGACCAUGGCAGCGGCGCCUAUGGAGGAGGCCGAUCCGGCGGCGACCGAAGGCGGCGCAGCGUUCUCCGAAUCUCAGCUUCGAACAUAUUCUUUCCCAACCAAGCCCAUUCCCAGACUCUCUCACACGGACCCCAGAGCAGAGGUGCUAAUUAACAACGAGGAACCAGUGGUUUUAACAGACACAAACCUUGUAUAUCCAGCUCUCAGAUGGGACAUUGCAUACCUCCAGGAGAAUAUUGGAAAUGGAGACUUCUCUGUUUACAUUGCAGAAAACCACAAAUUCCUCUAUUAUGAUGAGAAAAAAAUGUGCAACUUUGAGAACUUUGUCCCCAAGUCGCAACGAACGGAAAUGAAAUUCUCAGAAUUUGUGGAUAAAAUGCGCAAAACAGAGCAAUCAGGAGGAGAGGAUAGAGUAUAUCUGCAGCAGACUUUGAAUGACACAGUAGGGAAAAAGAUUGUGGUUGACUUCCUUGGUUUUAACUGGAACUGGAUCAACAAGCAGCAAGCCAAGAGAAACUGGGGGCAGCUGACAUCCAACCUACUGCUUAUAGGCAUGGAGGGCAAUGUUACACCAGCACAUUACGAUGAGCAGCAGAACUUCUUUGCACAAAUCAAAGGACAUAAGAGAUGUAUCCUCUUCCCUCCGGACCAGUUUGAAUGUCUCUAUCCAUAUCCUGUGCAUCACCCCUGUGACAGACAGAGCCAGGUUGAUUUUGAUAACCCUGACUAUGAGAGGUUCCCUAAUUUUAAAAACGUUGUUGGCUAUGAGGCUGUUGUCGGUCCAGGAGAUGUGCUCUACAUCCCGAUGUAUUGGUGGCAUCACAUUGAGUCACUGUUGAACGGUGGAGUGACAAUCACUGUCAACUUCUGGUACAAAGGCGCCCCCACCCCAAAGAGGAUAGAAUACCCUUUGCGAGCUCAUCAGAAGGUGGCUAUUAUGAGAAAUAUUGAGAAGAUGCUGGGAGAAGCACUUGGAGACCCACAUGAGGUUGGACCUUUACUGAAAACGAUGAUCAAGGGCCGAUAUGACCAGGACCUCAGUUAGAGCACCACCCUGAAAACUUAACUAGACUGCUUUGGAAACUGUAUGCCAGUGAAAAUGAGACUGCAAGCGUGUGUAAUGCGCAUUCUGGCUUUAUAGAGUAUCACUGCAUGGCAAUAAGCAGCCAUCUUGAAACUGUUCUUCUUCAUUUGUCUCUGGGUGCCAUUGUCAUUGCAAAUACAACAGUUAUGAGGAAACAUCUGACUAACUCGGGGGAAUUCGCCUUACUUGAAGAAGUCUUCUUCGAAGACGGCUUAAUUUUAAGUCAAGGUAUGUUUAUGUUAAUCAGUGGUUUGUCAGGAUUCUAAUAAUUCACAGAAAUGGAUGUUUAGCCAAGUCAGUAAACAUUAUCUGAGAUCGGUACCUUUGGAGCAGCUUGAAUAUUUUAACCACUAAUGGAUGAGUCAAAGAGUAAUAUACAUUCAGUUAAUUGUAGCUUGAUUACUAAAUGUGAAAUACUGAUAUUGUAUUCUCCAUCUUGAUCAUAAAGACAGCUUUACAACAGAUUUGGUUGGUACCUCUAAAGACAACAGGUCUUUUAAGUGUUUUACAAUAUUUAUCUGUGCAAUCGACAUCACUAUUCUACUAAUGACAUAGUUUUGGGGGAGAGUAAUCAGCAAGAAUUUCCUGUUGCAGAGAAGACCACAUAGGCACAGUAAUUAAACACAGACGUACCGUGAUAAUGAAUGGUGAUGAAAUAUUAUUAAAAGUGUGUGUGGGUGUGAAAAGAGGGGCCUCACAUAUUCAGCUGAAGGAGAGUGCAAGUGCUUGAAGCUAAAUGAUUUUAGCAGUGGUUCCUUUGUGUUGUAUUUAAGCUCUUACUGGUUUGAUUUAUAUUUCAAGUACUAUAUUGGAUGUGCAAUUCCAUCUACCAAUGAUAGGUGAAGGAGCACUGAAAAUAAAUACUAUGUUUAUUGCAAAUAAGGUUAAUUAUAGGAAUAAAAAAUACAGUAUGUUUUUUGUUUGUUUGUUUUUUUACAAUUUUUACUAUGGUAAUUACAGGUGAUAUUUUUUUGGGAUGGGAUCUUAUGAUGGCUAAAACUGUUGAGUAGUUUUAAGUGAACUGUUUAAAUGAUAGAUUUAAGUUAACUAACUGGACUAUCAUCUGGAACUUACUGUAUGUAUCAGCCCUUGCUGUGCUGUGUAUUGCACCAUCUAGUGGCCAAGUUGCAUGUUAAUCUUGAUGUAUCUGGCCCGUGCAUUCUACUGCUACAAUACAAAUAUUUAAU